AAAUACAGAGGCGACGUUUUCUCUGCUCUCUGACUGUUUGUUUCCUCUCUUUUUCUGGUGUUCUGAAGCAAACAAAAUGCUUUUUUCAGUCUUUAUUUCCGAUUUCAAGAAACUCUGAUUUCUUCUUUUCUCUGGCGAAUUUUUUUCUUGAUUUCUGUGGCCGUAAUUCUUUGCUUUGCUUUUAAUCUACGUCGUCGGUUGUUCGGGAUUUUCGCUGAGUCGAUUGCCUCUGCGUCAAAUCUUUCAUCGGGAUCCGUGAGUUCUCGAGUAAUGUCGCUGUCCUGAACUUGCAUUGCCUCGGUUUCUCGCUGGUGAGUAUUAGGAUUUGGGCCUAUAUGACUGUGGAAUGGACCACAGUUGAAGAAUAUCGUGGAUCAUUUUCUUUGUGCCCUUGAAGUACGACAAGAUCUAAUUGAUGCCAUCCAAUAGAAGAACAAGCAAUGAAUACUUUGAACCUGAACCUUCUAGGAACAUGGGAAGUUUAGAGGCAAAAAAUGGUUUGAAAAGGCAGCAAAAUUCAAGGAUAGUGAAGGAAUUUGUUCAAUUGCCCCAAGGAAAUAAAGGAAAUGUACAGGGAACGGUAAAAGCUUCAGGGGAUUGCCCAAGGCAGUGUGUGACGAGGACAGCAGCAAAGAACGAUGAGCUUGUCAAACAUAUGUCAAAUUUGCCAAGUUACCUACUGCGUGCAGGGAAACAGGAAAACAUUCAAGAGAAAGCAUUAAAUGUUGGAGUUCUCGACUGGGGACGUCUACAAAACUGGAAGCACAGGCAAAAUGGCAGUCCGACAGGAGGUGGCAGUAAUUUAUCAUCCAAAAGCAGUUCCCUAUCGCAGAAAACAACUGCCAAGUCAUUUUCCCUUCCUAACACAGUUCCUGCGGAUGCUCAAGCUAAUAAAAGGAAGCAGCUUGAAUUGAGGAAGAAAGGGUUGCAGCACUUAGAAACUGAUGAGAAAAGAAGUGGUUCUUUAUGGCUGAGAACAUCUGCCCUUCCUAUCACAGUUCCUGAGGAUACUCUUUCUGAUAAAAGUAAAGAACUUGAAAUGAGGAAGAAAGAGAUGCAGAACUCUGAUGAUUCUAAACAUCUUUCUGGUGAGCUUAAGAAUAUGGCUCUUCUCUUCCCCAAAAGAUCUGCACAAUAUAGCAGCACCCUUGAGAAACCUCCGGAGUUAUUGGAUAAGAAUUUGAUCAAAGUAAAGUCUCCAGAUGACUUCAUUCAGAAGUCUGAGAAACCACAUUCUCAAAUUCCCCACUCUUGUCCACUACCUUCAAGAUUUGAGUGUGAUUCAGAGACAGAUUUGAUGGCAGAGGGUUUGGAGCUUUUAUCUGAUGCAUCUCUUUCAUCCUUUAAUUCAAAUAACAAAGGUCACAUACUCUUGCUAAGUGAGUGCAAAGAACAGAAGAAGGUUGAGUCUGAGACUGCAAGUAAUGAAACCUUGGAGAUGCUCGAUCAAGAGAUGGCAGAACUAGCAAACUUUAAAAGCAGAAGAAAUCAGUCAUCACAUCGCCGUUUUAGUUUCAGUUUUAGUCAGAUGGGUAGAAGUUUCAGUUUUAAGGAAGGGCCAGUUGUCCAGAAAUUGAGCUCCUAUGUUUCUGUGAAGUCUGGUCCAGUGAAAUCUGAGGCCGCUGUUUGUUUGGAUGAUUCAAGCAGAGAGAAGGUGAAGUCUCAAAAUGGAACUAGAUCUAGCUCCUUAAGAAGGAUGCUAGCCCCACUGCUGGGGCCCAAGAGCCUAAAUUCCCUUGGUUGUACUGAAAUUCUUCAACCGCUGGAAGGAAGCUUGAAUUGCAGUGAUUCCUGGCCAACUGCAAGCGAUUCAUUUAAGAAAGAAAAGCAUGAGCUGUCAACAAUCCAAGCGCUUAUGCAGCUUACACUAAAGGAUGGACUCCCUUCGUUUAAAUUUGUGGUUGACAACAGCAGUAACAUUCUUGUGGCAACCAUGAAGAUGUCAUCAUCUGGGGGUGGUGACAUGGAACGGAAUUAUACAUUCUACUCUGUGAAUGAAAUUAAGAAAAAGAUUGGAGGCUGGCUAAGCCAAGGAAGCAAGGAGAGAAGUUGCAGCUAUGCAUAUGAUAUUAUUGGUGAAAUGAAGAUUUCUAGCUCCUAUAUGUCAAAUGUGAAGGACUCCAACAAUCAGAAUCUAAUCAGAGAGUCUGUUUUGUUUGGCGUUGAUUAUGGUCAAGCAAAUCAAGCAUCACAAAAGUUCACAUGCAACAUAGAGCUUGCAGCUGUUGUAGUUAAAAUGCCAAAGGAAGACUUCGUUCAUGGUGUAAAAAAAAGUUGUAAAGACACAACUAAGAGGGGCUUCACAGAAUCUUUGCAAAAGGAUGGAUGCUGUUUUAACUUCAAUGAAAAUGAAAGAUCUAACAGUACUACUGUCAUACUUCCAGGUGCCAUUCACAGCUUGCCAAACCGAGGGUCACCAUCCCCACUGAUUCACCGAUGGAGGUCUGGUGGAUCAUGUGACUGUGGAGGUUGGGACGUUGGCUGCAAGUUACGUAUCCUAUCCAAUCAGAAUGGCAGUUCUAAUAGUCAAAUGACAUGUCAAGCAUGUCUAAAUCCCAACUGUGUUGAACUUUUUGUUCAGGAUGAAACUCAACAGAUUAGGCCUGUCUUCAGUUUGGCUCCACAUAAGCAUGGAUUAUACACAAUCCAAUUUGAUCCGACAAUCUCUGCAUUGCAAGCCUUCUUUAUUUCUGUGACAGUUAUAUGCUGUCAAAAAUCAUCCAUUCUCUUGGAAGUGAAUGAGCUGUCCAGUGAAAAAGUUUUUGAAGAGUCAGCACUGAAGGGAAGUGAUGGAAUGGGAAAAAAAUCCACCACACUCCUGGGGAAAAUGCCCACAAAAUAUGCUCCAAACCCACCGCUCUCCCCCUUUGGAAGAGUAUAGUCUCAAAGUGGGCGUUGCUUUGCCUUCCAGGUAAGUUUCAACUCCUUGAAAAGGCACAUCAUGUGUUUAUAGUCAAGCUUUUAUAUAUUUGAUGUGGUAGAAGGCAAUGCUUGACCAUUGUAAUUAUGGUAUUAGUUACUUAACAAUACCGACAUUUAGCAUGUAUAAAGAGAAUAACACCAUGCAAUAUACCGCUCAUUAAGUG